UCGCGUCUGCGAUCGUCCCUAUUGUUAUCCAUUCUUCUGCAAAGCCUCGAGGAUGAACGUGACGAAGGGGUUCGAGCAGUUGCUCUACGUUCUCUAGCCGGUGUGGUGGUGUUAAUGGAGGAUCGGGAAAAGCUGCCCAAUCUCGUCUCUACCUUUGAAACCAUCCUUCGUUCUGACUGGUCUCAAGCACCCGUUGCUAGUGCCCCACUCCCGUGUCCUCGUUUCCAAAGUGGAGGUGAUGGAUAUGUUGACAGUUGUAUUAGCGCACUCAAUGCAUCCUGCAAUUGGCUUCUACCCACUCUUGCCCAAUGGUCUCUUGAAAUUGACAAUUUCAACGGCCUCAUUCUUGAAAAUUGGUUAGAGAAGCUCAAGUUUCUGUGCUUCAUUCAAUUAGUGUGUCGUUGGGCAUUCCUUUCUCCGGGUUUGGAGAUGACACGAAAGUCUGCUCCGUGUACCCACGCAGAAAACUGGUAG